UUCGUCGUCGUGUGGUCAUAGAGAUUAGACUACGAAGUUGUAGUCUAUGGUGUGGUCGUGUUGUUUAAUGCUAUUUAGUAAAUAGAUAGAAUUCUAGAAAAAAAACAGAAGAAACAUGAAUUCUUUAUCGAAAAUUGAUAGAAAGGUCAUUGCUGAAGCUGUUUUGCCAUCACAAGAGCCUUUAAUAGAUUUUUCAGCUGGGUAUGUGAUACCUGAGAAAAUUUCUCUAACUUCUAUUAACCUGGACGAAAUUGGAAAUAUCAAUAUACCUUUAUCGCUCCUGGAUGCUGACAGAUUAAAGGCGUUUUCAGAAAGACAGAUAGGUGCCUCACAAACCCUGUUCCCUUCCUCAGGGAAACGCACUUUUGAAAUAUGUUCUGAUAAAAUAAUUUUAUCGACAUUAGAGAACAUAGACAUAAAUUCUCUAGUCAUCAAGAUGUUAGGAUUACCUGUUUCUAAAACAAUGGAUUUCAAAGCGAAGUUUGAUAAGCUGAUGCUGUUUGAGGUAGAUGGGCAGUACACUCAUACCUUUGAAUCAGGAAAAGAAUUUGGAACAUUCGGUACGGCAAUCCUUCAGUUACCUGUAAAAGGCGGCCAUGACGGUGGAAACUUCCAUGUGAAAUAUAAUGGAAGGAAAGCCAGUUACGAAGAUCAGGUUGAUUCCCAUAAGCUGUUCUCCCUGUCUGCAUUUUACAACAGCUGCGAGUGUGUCAUGAAUCCUGUUACGCGAGGCUGGAAGUUGACGCUCGUGUUCAACCUGGUGUGGACCAAUUCCAGAAUUGUGAUGCCAACCGAUUUUCUAGUGUUUCUCAACUCUCAGAAGAAAUUAGAAGCGGCUCUUAUUUCUUGGAUUCCCCAGCGAAAUGAAGAUGACUAUUCCACCGAUGUUCAACAAUGCCCAUUUCUCGAAGAAAACGUCAAAAUCCCACUAAUUACUUUGAUCAACGAGAAAAUCGUUCCAUGCUCUACAGACCAGCCACCUGUAAUUGCGUUGAAUGACUCUUCUGACAACGAUGUUUGCUAUUUGAAUAAGAAAAAAGAAGACACGGAUAUUGAAGAUUCUGAAUAUUCUGAAAAUGAAUCCGAUUCCGAACCUACUGAUUGUUGGUAUGAUGAAACGGAUUGUUAUUGCGAUCACAAAAACUCAACCAGGAUGAUGAAAUGUGAAGAAGAAGAUGUUUUGUUCUUCGUUCUUGAAGAAAAGUAUUUCGAGAAUAGUCUCAUGUUUCAUCACCUUCAAGGGAACGACCGAAUCUUGGCUGAUCUUCUCCGAUGCUGCCCUUUUAUCGACGUGCACCUAGCGCAAGCUACGUAUAUCAAACCGAUUGCGAGAAAAUCAACAGGUGGGAUGGCACCAGAAGAAAAAUCGGAUACAAAAAUAUCGCGUUGGAUUGAUUCGAACAGUGCUGUCAAAGACCUAAAAAUCGAUGAGCUGAACUGGAGCGAGAAAUGUGUUGGCCCCAUUCGAAACUUGCUGGAACCAUGUAGCAUUGAUACUGACCGGGAAAACAGACUAAAUUCAGCUGAAUGCCAGUGUAAGAAAACAUGUCGAUGUUGGAGAGAAGUCGAUAUAAUUCGCGAAAGGAUUUGCUUUCAUUCAAUACUAGUCAUAUGGCCCAAACAUCAAUCCAUCGGAAUGUGCUGCCGUUAUGGACUUGGGAUGUAUUUGAACUACUUUGAAAGCUCGUUGACUUCCACGCUUGGAUGGCAAGCACUCGCUCAACAACAGCUCGCACAAGAUUUUCGUCAAGCAGUCGAAUAUUGCUGCACCUAUCCCCAAAGAAUCUGGACCCAGUUUGCAUUCAAAAAAGGGGAGCUAACGCUGAGAUUGCUCCGUCUCUGCAUCACCUUGCGAGCACGUAAAGAAGGUCUCGAGAUAUUAAAGAUUCUUGGGUCCGAAUUCGAGACCGAAACGAAGGAUAUAACAUUGAAGUCUUAUGUGGGAAUUCAGAAUGAGCAAGUAGCCCAAGCAAUUGUCCAAUUUGUCUGCCAAAGCAAUGGUUUGGGCGAUUGCAUUGAUCUGAUAAGAAGACUGAUUACAACUCAACGCAUUAUCAAGCAAUUCGUACCGAUUAUCAAAAUGAUCCAGUACUUCCUAGAAGCCAAAUGCGUAGAAGGAGCUAUGCUGAUUGGAGAUUAUGUUGCAUCAUCGAUGGCCAACACUGACAAGAAUAGAGCUGCCGUUCUCAAACAGUCGGAUGUAGACUUAUGCAUGAAUGCAAUUGUUUCUUUGGAGGCCUACCCGGAAGCCUCCAAUCAAGAAAGACUAGCAUCGUUGGUCUCUCUCUUCUCCAAGCUUCCUUCAACCUUACAAUGCCGUUUGGUACUGGAAUUAGAUGCUCAGGGUAACUCGCGCUUCAUGGGCAUUGAAUCCUGCCAGUUUAUUUUCAUGAAAAUUUGUGAGACUUUCUCAUCCUGCAAGUUACUCGUUCCCUCUGCUGCAGACGCUCUUGGACUACUGAAAUGUUUUAUUCUACUUGAAAAUCCCAAAUGGCUCGAGUCUUUGCUUUCCAACAUGAUCCCAGAUGAAUUUGAAAGGAUUGUCUUGUUUACAAAACUACUUUCACAUAAAUCUUUAUGGAAACUUGCCAUAUCAUCGGAAUUAGGAAAGAAAUCACUGGUCUUCAUUUUAAAUCGGCACUCUGCAUUGUUAUUCAGUGAAUUGUCAUCCAGUAAAGAUAUUUCCCGUUCAACCUACCCCUUUCAAUCGUACGAAGGCACGUUGCAAUCUAGCUUGGCUGAGUACCUUCAGUUUGUGUUGCAAAUGGAAAGUAUCCCCGAACUAGCAGAUCCUGAUCGAUUAUCCUCCAUUUCGUUGCUGCUGUCUCAAAUGAAAUUUAACCAACUGCAUCACAUCCUUGAUGUCUUCCACAAAUCCAGCAGCGAACACUGGAAUACGUCCCCUUGCUAUUCCGACAUGAUGCGUGAUACCUGCAAGUCCAUGGUGUCUGCAAUGAAAUUGAAAUCCAACGUUAUGCAAGGAAGAUAUGAAGUCUCGAAAAUGGUCAGGUGCUUUCCUCAUUUUCUCGAAAAUUCAUUGUUACAAUCGCUGCUCAUGGAAGUGUGUGUAAUUGAGGCCAAUGGAUGGUGGCCCAACAUUUCCAAAUGCCAAUUUUUCACUGUUAUCAUCUCUUCAACUGAAGUUUGGGGUAAACUGGAUUCUGCCACUAAAUUGGAUAUUUUGAACAUGUGUGCUACGCUAAUCGAGUUAUGGAUAACUGAAGAAUGCAAGAGAUUGGAUGAAAACUCCUGGAUUAAGAAAACCCAAGAAGAAUUUAAAAACGAUCAAUUCUUCAGUUGCAUUCACCUUUUCUUUUUGAUUGAAGAGCAUCGGUUUGAUCCCAAACUAAAGUAUGUUGCUGGAUCCUUUCAACCGUAUUUGAAAAAAUUGCCACACUUUGUUCUACAGAGUUUAAUGCUCAAUCUUCACAACUCGAUAGUCACGAAGAAGCCCUACGUAAAGGAAUUCCCUCUUUGCCUCGAAUUGUUUACCACGGUGUGCCGACAUUUUGUCGAUCAAAAUUUUUUGUCAGCCAAGAACCCUUCAAAAGAAGAAUGUGACAUAAUUGUGAAUUGCUUGUUGUUUAUUGACGACGCUCAUUCCUGGGAAAGAUUUGCAGACGAGAAUUGUUCCCAAGCCAUCAUGACAACCACUUACUAUAAACCCUUUCAGCGGACUUUGUUUACCACCAACUUCCAAGAAGCCAUAGCGAAGUCGCAACUUGCUUCUGCUGCUUUUAUACGCGUUGCGGACCAUUGGGAGGUGGGAUGGAAACUUGUAAAGAACAAAUUUCAAAAUAGAUGUGCUGAGCAAUGGUUUCAAAAUAGAUGUGCUGAGCAAUGGUUUCAAAAAUUGACAUCGGAAUUUGAUGACGUACUGAAAUUCCGUCAAAGUCUCAGCCAGAAUCUUGCGGCGGACAAGUCUACAGGGAAAAGGCAAUUGGAGUUGGGUUCCUCGUCGACGUCGUCGGAUGAGGUCCGCAUUCUCUCCUCUAAGCGCAGUAAGCCUUAGCACUUAAUUGGUUUGAUUCGAUUUCAUGUUUCAUUUUUUAGUUACUUCUACUUUUAUUUGCUUAUAACUUUGAAUUUUGAUUUGUUGCUAUCUCUUAAGUCUUCGUAAGUUUUGAUCUGAAAGGCAACGUCUUUUGUCAACCAAGUUUUUUGUUUCCGUGUCCAACAUAUUAUUUGGAUAAUAUGCCUUAGAAAUGUCAACUCUUUGUCUUUUUCCUGUCCCGUUUCACGCUCCUUCUUCACGGUUUCUCGUUUCUUUUCAAUAGAAAAUGUUGAAUCAUUA